AUGCAAUUCCCAUCUGCUCUCAUUUUCGGCCUUUUGAUCCAAUCCGCUAUUGCCGAACAUGAACAUUACACCCAGCAGCCCAAUGAAUGUCCAGUUGGUCAAGCUCCUCGCAUCAAUGGCGAAUGCCCAACCGGUUUGUUUGGUCCUAAUGGUGGCAAAUGCCCUACUGGUUCAGUGCCUCCCCAAAAUGGCAAAUGCCCCGAUGGUUAUAAACCCUACAAUUUGAGUCAUUUUUCGAAGCGAUAUGAAGGUUUAUCUACCGAAAUUGGCAUGCAUUAA